AUGGGUUUUGCCGGUGACCUCAUUGCUCAGCACGCCGAGGCAUGGCGAGACAGCGUUCGCGCCCCAUUCCUGGACCGGUGCAAGGAUGGGAGCGUGGAUCCCAGGGAUUUUGAGACCUGGCUCAUUCAGGAUUUCUUUUUCGCGAGGGAAUGCACCCGAUUCAUCGCACUUAACGUCGCCAACGCCCCGUUCAAGCUCUUCCCCACCCUACUCGGAGGCCUCACCGCCAUUGACGACGAGCUCCAGUGGUUCCAGGGGGAGCUUGAAAAGCGGAAUGUCAUCGUCGAGGAGCACAACCCCCUUCCCACCUGUGCACAGUACAUUGAGUACCUCAACAAGAGCACGGGUAUACCCUAUGCCGUUCAGCUCACAAUCCUGUGGGUGGUGGAGAAGGCCUACCAUGACUCAUGGCGACUAAACAGUCCCAUGGAGGAGCCGUACGGCACGUAUGCUCAGCGCUGGGCCAGCGACGCAUUUGCAGAGUACAUCCUAGCCCUGGAGGGCCAUCUGGACACCCUCAUGGAGACGGAGGGCAGCGCAGUCAGGUGA